AUGACAAAGAUCCAACAAGAGAUGCAAGAACUUGCUGAUUCCGGCAUUGAUGCUCUCCUUAUGGCAACGAUGAUCCUAGAUGAUUAUGAGAAUACAGUCUUCGGGAGCUCUCAGCAAUCUCAUCAUGACACAGCGAUCGCAUUGCUCAGGGUACAACAGCAAACAAAGGGCAGCCGAAAUCUGCCAAUCGAAAGGGCUGUUCGGCGAUCAAUCAUCAAAACCUGCAUCUUGCACGGCGCAGGUAUCCCAGCCUUCCUCAAGGAUGGCACAGUCUACGAGGAAGAUAUAUCAAUGCUCGAACUUGAUUCACUUCUGGUAGGGGCAGCAUGCCUCCGCGAAAAGUCGGUCAAUCUGCCUUUGGAUGGGAACUCCGAGAACACAUCUGGCCACACAAAGUUGACCGAUUUGGCCACCGAGGCAGAAGUCCUCGAGAAUGCACUUGCUGCGUGGCCUGUCGUGGACCGCGCGGAUUGGAAGUUCGUCCGUCUGCCCGUCAGCACAAGCUUGGAAUCAACCCAGUUAUUUCCUCUAUACGGAGAUUCGGUCCACCGGUACCAGAGCCACGGCCAUGCCACGAUUUGGAAUAUGCAUAGAGCUGUUCGUGCCAGGGUCAACAGCAUUCGCAUCCAAUGCGUUUCUCGCUUGCUGUUGCAAGGGGCCUUGUCUCACUCUGCAAGCGUCAGUGAGCAGCUCGCCGUGUGCCGCCAGACACUGGACUCGUCAGUGAGAGAUCUUGGCGAAAGCAUUCCAUUCUUUUCCCAGUUCUCCAUCUCGACCAGGAAAGGGUUCGAGGAGCUCACGACGGGACGGCGUCUCAUCCUGUCUGACUCCAAGAUUGUGCCCAAGAUGGCAGCCCUGUUGGCUUGGGCAUUAGCGAUGCUUUUCCGCAUUGACGCCGUCGAAGGAUCUCAGAAACAAUGGCUGAAGCUUGUGCUCAAGACGGUGGCGGAUUCUUUGCAAAAACUGCACUGA